AUGGAGUUGGAGGGGCGGAGUGCAGGCGGUGUGGCGGGCGGGCCGGCUGCUGGGCCCGGGCGGAGCCCCGGGGAGACGGCGCUGCUGGACGGGUGGUUACAGCGGGGCGUGGGCCGGGGGGCCGGCGGCGGGGAGGCGGGGGCCUGCCGGCCCCCGGUACGGCAAGAUCCGGAUUCUGGCCCGGACUACGAGGCGCUGCCGGCUGGAGCCACUGUCACUACGCACAUGGUGGCGGGCGCCGUGGCAGGAAUCCUGGAGCAUUGCGUGAUGUACCCCAUCGACUGCGUCAAGACCCGGAUGCAGAGUCUACAGCCUGACCCAGCUGCCCGCUAUCGAAAUGUGUUGGAGGCCCUCUGGAGGAUUAUAAGAACGGAGGGCCUGUGGAGGCCCAUGCGGGGGCUGAACGUCACAGCAACAGGCGCAGGGCCUGCCCACGCCCUCUAUUUUGCCUGCUACGAAAAGUUAAAAAAGACAUUGAGUGAUGUAAUCCACCCAGGGGGCAAUAGCCAUAUUGCCAAUGGUGCAGCUGGGUGUGUGGCAACAUUACUUCAUGAUGCAGCCAUGAAUCCAGUGGAAGUGAUCAAGCAGAGGAUGCAGAUGUACAACUCGCCAUACCACCGGGUGACAGACUGUGUACGGGCAGUGUGGCAAAACGAAGGGGCCGGGGCCUUCUACCGCAGCUAUACGACCCAGCUAACCAUGAAUGUUCCCUUCCAAGCCAUUCACUUCAUGACCUAUGAAUUCCUGCAGGAGCACUUUAACCCCCAGAGACGGUACAACCCCAGCUCCCACGUCCUCUCCGGAGCCUGUGCAGGAGCUGUAGCUGCCGCUGUCACAACCCCGCUGGACGUUUGCAAAACACUGCUCAACACCCAGGAAUCCCUGGCUUUGAACUCAAACAUUACAGGACACAUCACAGGCAUGGCUAGUGCCUUCAGGACGGUGUAUCAAGUAGGCGGGCUGACCGCCUACUUCCGAGGGGUACAGGCUAGAGUUAUUUACCAGAUCCCCUCCACAGCCAUUGCAUGGUCUGUGUAUGAGUUCUUCAAAUACAUGAUCACUAAACGGCAAGAAGAGUGGAGGGCAGGCAAAUGAGGGAGCCCUCGGUGAAGCCGGGGGCCAGACCGCACUGCUGCACCCUACCCCCUCCAGCACAUUGUCUGUCUCCUGUCACACUCCAGCCUUGAGUGGAGCUGGAGGGAAGGGAGAGGGCUCAUGCCAAUUCCUGCCAACCUCCGUUACCACCACCUUUCCUUCCGGGCCCUAAGCAAGUGCAGCAGAAGACACCUCAGCACCUCCAACAACCUCUCCAUCCUGGGCCUGGCGACCUGCUCUAGACUGUUACAGAGGGAUAAGCAGCACAUUCCCCUGGUUCCUAAUAAAACAGAAAAAGCCUUUAAAUGAAA